AUGGGAGAGACCGACGAUGGUCUUCAUCGUGUUAUUGAAGUUCUAGCUGAAACUGAUCUUUCAGGCUAUCUUUCGCGAAUACGUGAUGAUCUUCAAGUAACAAAACUUUCUCAUUUCGAAUAUGUUCAAGCCAAUGAUCUCGAACGUAUUGGUUUAAGUAAACCAGCCAUACGACGAUUACUAGCAACUGUUAAACAAAAACAACGUUUAAAUACGAAAAAACUUUCACAUUCAUCUGCAAAUGCUUCCUCCGCCUCUUCAUCUCCAUCAACCAACUCAUGUUUAAUAUCUCCAUCGUCUCUACAGUUAUCAACGACACUCGGCUCAGGACACUUUGGUAUUGUUCGUCAAGGUGUAUGGAAUGGUCUUCCUGUAGCUGUGAAAAUCCUUCGUGGAUGUAAUGCUAUCAGUGAUUCCGUACGAGAAGCAAAUGCUAUGCAUUUGUUAUCACAUCAGUAUUUAAUUCGCCUUCACGGAAUUGUUCUUUCCGAGCCAUUGAUGAUGGUGACAGAACUAGCUCCACUAGGUUCUUUACUAUCACGAUUACGCAGUGAACCUAAAUAUUUUCUUGUAUAUAUGCUUGUCGAAUAUGCCCGACAGAUUAGUGAAGGAAUGAACUACUUGGAACAACGUCGAUUUGUUCAUCGUGAUUUAGCCGCACGAAAUAUUUUCCUCUCGUCCUAUGAGCAGAUUAAAAUUGGAGAUUUUGGUUUAGCGCGAAUGAUUGAUUCGGAUUGUAAUUUAUACAAACCAGGAACAAUCGUUGGUCAAUCGAUUCCGAUUGCGUGGUAA